GUUUCUUCUCCAGAUUUAGGGUUUUCUCUUCGUUUCGGCUCGGUCCAAGAACCAAGAUCGCAAGGCUUCAAGAUGCCGUCGCACAAGUCGUUCAUGAUUAAGAAGAAACUAGCGAAGAAAAUGAGGCAAAACAGGCCUAUUCCUCACUGGAUUCGUCUUCGUACCGACAACACCAUCAGGUACAAUGCUAAGCGUAGGCAUUGGCGCAGAACCAAGCUUGGAUUCUAAGAGGUUACAUUUGCUUAUUGUGAAAGCUUUGUUCUUUCUUAAAAGACUUUGUUUUUUUUUUGUUUGGUUUUAGUGUUUCAUCAGUUUUGAUUGUUGACAUUUGUGUAAGACAAUCUUUAAUCAUUUAUGUUUUCAAAUUUCCUAUCGAAGAGUACUUAUUUUAGUAACACUGUGGUUUUCACUAGUUUUAAGGUUUGGAAUUGACUUUUGUUCAUCUUGUUUUAUGGGUUCAUUGCUCUCAAUCAGUAGAACCAAGUGUGUUAUAUCAUCCGAACCAAGUACUUGAGGUUUUGAGGUUUAUAGAAGUGUUGAUGAGGUAAUGAAUGAACUGCUAAUUA